CCUAUCUCAGUGGUCGCGGAAGGUGACGUGGACACGGAAGUGGUCGUCGUCGCGGCGGCACCGGUGGGAGCGGGGCCCUGGACUUGGAGUGCGGCGGGCAAGCGGACGGGCGGCGGAGGCCUCUCAGCGGCGGCGGCGGCGGCGGCGACUUAAGGCGCAGGCGUGGUCCGUUGGGUGCGAAUCCGCUGAGCCCACGAGCGGCCUCUUAGCCCUCUCCCCUGCCCGUCGGAAACCGGGAGCAGGGACCCGCUUAGCCGGCGUCAUCAUGACCAAGACCGGUAGCAAGGGCGGGAACCUCCGCGACAAGCUGGACGGCAAUGAGCUGGACCUGAGUCUCAGCGACCUGAAUGAGGUCCCCGUCAAGGAGCUGGCUGCACUUCCAAAGGCCACCGUAUUGGAUCUGUCCUGCAAUAAACUGAGCACUCUUCCGUCGGAUUUCUGUGGCCUCACGCACCUGGUAAAGCUGGACCUCAGCAAGAACAAGCUGCAGCAGCUGCCCGCAGACUUUGGCCGCCUGGUUAACCUUCAGCAUUUGGAUCUCCUCAACAACAGGCUGGUCACCCUGCCUGUCAGCUUUGCUCAGCUCAAGAAUCUGAAGUGGCUGGAUCUGAAGGACAAUCCCUUGGAUCCUGUCCUGGCCAAGGUGGCAGGUGAUUGCUUGGAUGAGAAGCAAUGUAAGCAGUGUGCAAACAAGGUGUUACAGCACAUGAAGGCCGUGCAGGCAGAUCAGGAACGAGAGCGGCAGCGCCGGCUGGAAGUGGAGCGAGAGGCAGAGAAGAAACGUGAGGCCAAGCAGCAAGCUAAGGAAGCAAAGGAGCGCGAGCUGAGGAAGCGGGAGAAGGCGGAGGAGAAGGAGCGUCGGCGAAAGGAGUAUGAUGCUCAGAAAGCUUCCAAGCGGGAGCAAGAGAAGAAGCCUAAGAAGGAAACAAAUCAGGCCCCAAAAUCGAAGUCUGGCUCUCGCCCUCGCAAGCCACCACCCCGAAAACACAAUCGCUCCUGGGCUGUGCUGAAGGGGUUGUUGCUGCUGCUGCUGCUGUGUGUAGCAGGAGGGCUGGUUGUAUGCCGGGUGACAGGGCUGCAACAGCAGCCCCUCUGCACCAGCGUGAACGCCAUCUACGACAAUGCCGUCCAGGGCCUGCGCCAUCAUGAGAUCCUCCAGUGGGUCCUCCAGACCGACUCCCAGCAGUGAGCUCAUCCUCAGCACCGCUGCCUCCCAGCCUUGGAGCUUGGAUUCCUAUGGAAUUGGGUUCUGCUGGACACAACUUCUUUUUAGCGUCAGACCUACCUGCCAUCAUCAAAUGGCUGCUGAGUGGUACUUGAGAUCUCCCCUUUGUAGGACUUCUCUGUUCCUUAGUCAGGGUUCCCUGGUGGAAUGAGGAGAAAUGGAGAGGGGGGAGGAAGAGUUACCUGCAUGCCUAAAGGAAUAGGCUUAGGGGUGGGGAGAGAGAAGGCAUAGGCUUUUCUAGUUAUGCAAAGCUGUGUAAGGCAAGGUUCCUUUCUACUAAAUGGUCAGCUGUCACUACAUUUAUACUUUUGUAUGUCACAAACCCUUUCUUUCAUUCCUCCCUGGGUAACCAGGACAGAUUGGAGGGCAGUGUGUUACUGGGACUAGGGGACUAGGAAUACUUGGGUAAAUUCAGCCUAAGCUGGGAGGGUAAAGUAAUACAUUUCCUUAAAGAUCUCAGACAGUCAAGCAUUUUAGCAAUGUCCAAAAUGUCUGGCUAUGAACACAUGUUCACUGCCAUUGGUCCAGUGUAACACUUUGAGGCAGGAGGUGCCGUCCAUGACUUACUUGCCUACAGUGUUCAAGCUAGUCCAAGGCACAACCCAGCUUUCACUCCAGUUUUCUUCCUUUUCUUUAUGUCAUUUGGCCUCCUUUAUAAUACUCAAGGGGAUGAACUCACACCAGAGUUGUCUUAGCUAAAGUGAAUCUUUCAUAAUAGACGGUCUUACCACCCACAAAUAGAUCUCAUACCAUCAGGGUCCUGGGAAACUAAUCCUGUGGAAUUUUGCCUCAGCUUAAAUGGCUUCCACAAAAUGGCAGCAGGCUGGGCUCCUUGCCUCCCUUUUAGAGCAUUAACUCCCUGAUGGCCUGGAAGCACAGGGGCAGAUCUCUGCAGCGGCACUGUGACUGUCCUACUAGCACUUGGUAUGAUGAAAUACCUCAAAGGCAACCUAGAAACUUGAUCUCACAGAAGCAGGUGCAGAGUUGCUUCUGGACCUGUAACAGAAGGGAAGGAAUAGAACAGUGGGAGCCAAAGGGAAACAAAGUCACACGGUGGCGCUGCAAGUGAUACAUAAGUAAACAUUAGCACAAACCAGGGCAGCAGCACCCACCUCCCUGCUGCUACCAGAAAGCAUUCUCCCCGCUUCCCCGUCUCUUCACAACAGCUGCAGGAAGGGAUCGGAAACCUGUCUCGGUGCUUAUUUGCUAAAACUCCCAACUGCAAGCUCUCCCUAGAGGAGCAGGACCUGUCGGAGUUCAGACAGUGUAGCCCCAGUGGCCCAUGUGCUUAGGUCAGCCACUCAAGACUGUCCUGACACGGGAAGAAAGGCCUUUGUUUUUCCCUCCCCCAGAUAGUUCUGCCGUGUAGGUCCACACCUUACUCAGAAUCACUACACAUUCCUUUAGUCUUCCUCCAAGCUCCAGAGCCAUCGGUACAAAUGCUUUAUUGAGACAAAAUACAUACUACAUAUGGUGACAUCAUGAAAACAGAAGUCAGCCUCAUAGAUCCCUGGCUGGUUGAGGCAGCUCAGUGGCUGGGCGUAGUCAAGCCAACCCGCAGGCAAGAGUUCACUCUGACUUCGAGAUUUGAUGCUUAUUCUUUGGAUUUCUACAAUUAUUAAAUCCGUGUCUGAGUGGUC